UGUCCAUAUGCACGUCGAACACUGCGAGCCAUUUAUGGACCUAGCGGCUGCGAUUCAAUGUUCGCAUGCAUGCCUCAGAGGCACUAGCUCCGAGCUCACAUAGCACGUUCCUUGCCUGCUGCUGCCUGAUAUGGCUGUAUGAGUCUUUGCUUACAUCAAUCUUUAUGCGCCUUCCUCAUUCUUGAUACAUCUCUCGAUGCCAUCAGGCAUUUCUGUGCACAAUAAAUGCGUCACAAGACUCUAAUUAAAAGCUUCUGAUCCCUCGGCCUAUGCAUCCUCAGGCAGCUCUAUGCAGCAGAACCCGCAACGCACACGGUAUUCAUUUACAAGUACCCUGUGGAUUCACGAAAAACACUCGGUCAUUGUGGCUUCCUGCUUCGACGACAUUGAAAGCGCUCCUUACCACCUACCUUUUCCCCUCCAGCAAUCAUGGAACAAAGAUCCAUCCUCGAUUUCCUUAAAAAGCCAGGUUCGGCACGACCAGAGUCGUCUCGAUCACAACAUUCUCAUCGAGAUCAACCUUACCGCCGCAAUAAUACCAACGCUCACAAACAUCACUCAUCUAACCAAAAGCGACCCCCUGACCGCCGCCGCAACAUGAGUCUCAAACUAGUUGCCGACGAGACCAAAGAAGCACUCCCGAAUGUCCGGGCUCAGCUUCCACCGGAGUUUGAUGUUGAAUGGUCUUUUCUCGAAGAUCUGAAUCAUCGAGAUUCAGCUCCUCUUCCGGCGGACUUAUGCCCAGCUUUAACGACACCGUGUACUAUUCAAGUACUCGAUAUGGAUUCAUUCGAUGCGGCAAUCCAGCUAGACCCCUCUCACACCGUCAACCAGCAUGUCACCAAGAAAAGGUCGGAUACCAGUACUGAGAAGGUGACCCCAGUGGCAGUCCUAAACCUUGCUUCCGAGCGUUCACCCGGAGGCGGCUGGCAGAAGGGCGCCCUCGCCCAGGAGGAAUGUCUGUGCUACCGCUCUUCGCUCUACCUCUCGCUCAACCGAAAACUUUACCCAAUACCCCCUCUCUCUGCCAUAUACUCACCAAACGUGGUCAUAAUACGCGAAUCCAUGUCAAGAGGCCACAAGUUACACAGUAACACUUGUCCGCCUGACCUGCCCGCAGUUUCCGUCAUCAGCGUAGCAGCACUUCGUCAACCGGAAUUAUCAAACGACGGCACAGCGUUUAAAAGCCCUGGCGUAAGGUCUCACACCAAGAAGAACAUUCGCCUCAUACUGCGCGUUGCUGCUCGACAUGGACACAGAAAGCUCGUGUUGGGCGCACUGGGCUGCGGUGUAUUCGCCAAUCCGCCACGAGACGUCGCAAAUUGCUUUCUUGAGGUUUUUCGAGAGCCAGAAUUCCAAGGAGGGUGGUGGGAGAAGGUCGUGUUUGCCGUCAUGGACAACGUAAACGGACCAGAUGGUGGCAAGGACGGCAAGGGAAACUUUGGUCAAUUCUAUCAGGUUUUACAUGGACAAAUUGCGUGAAUAGUGGCCGACAGGGUUGGUAGGGAUUUGUGUAUGCAUUCCCCAACUGUCUCACGACCCAGGGAUCAGGCAGCGGACAUUACUGCUAUAGCUUCGUACAAUGCUCAGAAUGCAUACUAAAUGUAUCCACCGUACUUUGUGUGGCGAUAACUCUACAAUAUUAUACGUGUAUACCUU